ACGCAGCGAGCCCAAGGCGUAGACACGUACGGUAACGGCUAAUAUAAUUUUCACAAAUGUUGCGAAAGUAAUACAAAGCACUGUGGGUAAGUAUUUACGUUCAUUGUGCACGCAGAAGCGUGACGCGCUCAUGGAUUUUAUCCAAUUAGAGCACAAAGAAAUUAGCCGAUACUAGACACGUGAGAUGGUAAUCACGUUUGACCCUGAACGUUUCACCCCUGACCGUGAUCUUGCAUGCACACACUGCAAGUACGACAUGAUCGGUGAUCUGGUGUUCGUCCAGUCCAUAUUUUAACAGACAUUUCUUUAAUAAAUAUGUCGCGAUUUUGUAAAUGUAUGCCGAUAAGAUACGGCUGUCAGCAGCAUGGCGAGAAUAUUCUUUCAAUUCCAAGAUUUAAGGCUUGGAAUAGACCUUGGAUUCCGGCUGCUACAUUGUCACCAACUGUAACAAACCAUGAACAAUACAGAAUAUAUCACAGAGCUCCACCGAUCGACCCGGAGUGGGUGGCAUUACGGCGACCAAUACGACCGCCGCAGACCAGCAUGUGCUGUUUACACGAGUACCAGCCACAGAGGACGGCGCCCCUCCUACGACCCCUCCACCUCUGGCACAGCACGGCCGUUCUACAUGCAAGCAACAGGACGCACGGGUACUUCCAGCACGACCGAGGGUUCCACAUAUCGCGACCCUCUUGGAAAGAACUGGACGAGACGGACACAAAAGUCGAGAAGGCCGUCAAAGUCCUGAAGGAGAAGAGGAAAGAGAAGCAAAUCGCCGAGGUGGUCGGGGCCACGACGCCCUCCGCUCAGAGGGCGGAGCCUCCGCCCACUACCCAGGAGGUGGUCCUCCCCAAGAAACCCCUCAUGACGAGAAUCUGGGACGAGGUGAAGCAUUACUGGAACGGCUUCCGUCUGCUGGGCGUGGACUUUAAGAUAUCGGCCCGGCUGCUGUGGAGAGUUUUGAAUGGGCACACGUUAACCAGACGGGAAUACAAGCAGUUUACCCGAACGGCCUCGGAUAUGUUCCGCAUCGUACCGUUCUCCGUCUUUAUCAUCAUCCCAUUUAUGGAGUUUCUGCUGCCUGUCGCCCUGUGGCUGUUCCCCAACAUGCUGCCCAGCACGUUCCAAUCCCGAUCCGACAAGGAGAAGAAGUUGAAGCAAGAGCUGAAGGUCAAGCUGGAGAUGGCCAAGUUCUUGCAGGACACGAUAGAAGACACAGCACUGCACAGCAAGAAGACCAAAGCCACUGAAAGGGCCAGGCAGUUUGCGCACUUCAUAGAGAAGAUACGCACAAGCGGGGAGCAGGCUAGCAACGAGGAGAUCAUCAAGUUCUCCAAGCUGUUUGAGGACGAGCUGACGUUGGACAACCUGAACCGGGAGCAGUUGACGGCCCUGUGCCGUCUGCUCAGGCUGCAGCCCGUCGGCACCAAUAACUUCUUGCGCUUCCAGCUGCGUAUGCAGCUCCGGUCCCUUAUGGCCGACGAUAAGAUGAUUCAGAAGGAGGGUGUGGACAGCCUGACCGUGGCCGAGCUGCAGGGGGCGUGUCAGGCCCGGGGCAUGAGGGCGUUGGGCGUACCCGUCGAGAGACUAAAGUCACAACUGCAACAGUGGUUGGAUCUUCAUAUCAACGAGCAAAUCCCGACGUCUCUGCUUCUUCUGUCGCGGACGCUCUACCUGCCCGAAACGCUCUCCACUCCAGACCAGCUCAAGGCUACUAUAGCAUCCCUACCAGAGGCAACAGCAGAGGAGGCAAAGGUGAACUUGGCUGAGUUGGUAGGUGAGAAGGUGGACAACACGGACCGGCUGAACAUCAUCCGCAAGGAGGAGGAAGAGAUUAAGAAGGAGAUGAUGGAAAGGGCGGAGCAACAGGAACAAGAGAAGAAAAAGGUUACAGAGGCAAUGGCAUCCGAAGAGUUAGUGGACGAUGCCAAAAUACAGGCCCAGCACGUCAUCAUGGUCCUGAGAGAGCCGCAACGGAUCGAAGAAACUACUGAAACGGAUAAGGCGGAUGACGAACUGAUGACCAAGGAAGACCUGCAAGAUCUCGGAGAGGUCAUCAAGGAGAUUGCAGAGGAGAAGGAGAGCAUGUUGUCUGAGAAAGGAGAACUGCAGGAGCUCAGGCAAGACGUGGAGGAAUAUCGAGAGGAUCUGGAAGACCUGAAGAAGGUGGUGGAAGCGGACGAGGCGGACGUGCCCAAGCUGGUGGAGGCCAAGUCCUCGGCCCGGCUGGGCAAGCGCGUCAACCGCAUGGUGUCCCGCUUGGAGAAGAUCGUCGAUGAGCUGGCGACUGAGAAAGAGACCCUGGUCAAGGAGAAGAAGGAGCUGGCGGAGGACUGGAAGCUGAGGAUGAAGGAGGAACUGGAACCGAGCCAGGAGAUGUCCGACAAGAUGGAAAGCCAGAUGGAUAUCAAGAAAAAGAGCAUCUUAAGGGUUGAGGAGCUGGUGAACGCCAUGCAGAAGUUCGGCAAAGUGUCGGACGAGAUGAAGUUGCAACGCAUCUGCGAGGUGCUGGACGAAGACAAAGACGGCGUCAUCAAUAUACAAGAUGCUAUGAAGGUGAUUGAGCUGAUCGCCAAGGAAGAUAUUGCUCUCAGCACCAAGCAGGUCGGGGAGAUCAUGGACCUGAUUUGCAAGGAGGAGAUUCUGGAGGAACUGGAGGAAGCGGUGGAACGAGAGGAGCAGGCUGUCAUGGAAACCACCAAAGAGAGCAAAACUUAAAUCCAGGGAUAUUUAAAAAAAGUUUGUAUUUGGUUUUAUAAAUAUUAGAUGUCCACUUGGGUAUUGCUUUCUUUGGGGUAUUUUUGUGUUGUGCAAAGAAGCGUAAGUGCUUGUUUAGUUGUGGUUUGAGAGUGCGGGUUCGAACCCUACUGGGGGACAUGCGUUGUCCAUGAGCAAGGUACUGUGCUUGGAGGGUUGUGGGUUCGAACCCUACUGGUGGACAUGCGUUGUCCAUGAGCAAGGUACUGUGCUUGUGACUUGUGAUUUGAGGGUUGUGGGUUCGAGCCCCACUGCAGGGAAUGCUUGCUUGUCCUUGAGCAAGGUACUGAGCUUGGAGAGUUGUGGGUUCGAACCCUACUGGUGGACAUGCAUUGUCUUUGAGCAAGAUACUGUGCUUGUGACUUGUGACUGGAGGGUUUGGGUUCGAGCCCCACUGCAGGGCAUGCUUUGUUGUCCUUGAGCAAGGUACUGAGCUUAUGACAUGUGACUUAAGGGGUUUGGGUUCGAUCUCCACUGCAGGGAAUGCUUGCUUGUCCUUGAGCAAGGUACUGUGCUUCGAGGGUAGUGGGUUGAGCCCCACUUCAGGGAAUGCUUGGUUGUCCGUGAGCAAGGUACUGAGCUUAUGACAUGUAACUUAACAGGUUUGGGUUCGAUCUCCACUGCAGGGAAUUGUUGGUUGUCCUUGAGCAAGGUAUUUUGCUCUGCUUGCCUUUGAUUGGUUCCAGGCUUCUUACAAGAGUAUUUGAGGAACAGUUUAAUCCCCCCAAGAAAGAGUGUAUUUCGAGUAAAAGACUAGACAAAGACUGAGAUUUUAUGUGCAGUUGCUCCUGGUAAAAUUAAAAAGAAACACAAAUUGUCUUCAAUCUAUAAGAAAUGACAUUACAUUGUUAUUUACUACAUUAUAUUAAUUCUCAAUGAAUACAUAUUUAUGCAUACAGCGCUGGAGCAUUUUGGAGCACAGAGAAAGAGGCUGGGCGAUUCGGGGCGGUACAGGUCAAAAUGAUACUUUCCCCGUGGUGAUCUAGGCUGUAAAGUGAGACAAAUGUUGGGCAGGAUGAGUUUCAAAAUACAAUAAUUUAAAACUAUAAACUUCCAUUGUAAAGUUUGAUAUAUAUGUAUAUUGUUCUUUUAUUGUAUCGGAUUGUCAGAAUCGUCAAUAUUUUUUAAUCCAUACGGCAGUAUUUAGUAUAUGUAAAUACCUGUAUCUGAUAAAGACAUAUUCCUUGUGUUGAACUACAAGUGCAAAGACCUAUGGUUUUUUAGACGAACUUGAGUGUUUUUGAGAGUAUCGCUAGAAAAAUUAUUUAAAUUUGGGGAAAAAAAGUUUGAUUUUAGUUGAUGAACGGAUGUAGGAUCUUUACCUUCAUGGCAGUUGGUGCAUGUGCUAUCCAGUCUAUGUAAAGAUAUCACUGGGUGACAUGGUGUACACAAUAUGAUUGCCUACAGAAAUUGUGUUGAUUGAAAUGAAAUAUACAUAAUGAGAAAUAUGCUGCAUAUGUCAAGGAUGGUGAAAAUUUAAUGAAAUUCUAAUCCGUAUUUGCAUUUGUUUGUUUGUUUGAUUUUUAUGUUAUUUCAGAAAAAAAAACGAUUUAUUUAUAACAAGAAAAUUAUAAGCCUGAUUGCACUUGAAUUUGAAUUAAGAAAGUUUUUGUAGACGUCUGUGGAAAUGGUAAAAAAAAAUUACUUGUACAAAUACUGUUGAAAUAUGUUUAAGUAAGAAAAUUGAUUUUAUUCAUUUAAUAAUUGAUUUAGUAACUUUAUACAUUUAGCGGACGCAUUCAUGACCUAGAACAGUGGUAUCAACUCCGAUUAAAAACAAGUCCAGACAAGCCUUAAAAAAUUGG